GAAUUAAGAAAUUGUAAACAUUUGGUAUUUUUUUAUCUUCUAUACAUCUAAAAUAUGGAAAGUUGGAAAGAAUCAAGUUAUUUUGAAACAUUAGAUGAAACCGAAAAGUUUAAGUAUAAAAAAAAGCUUACUUUAAGUGACAGAAGCACGCUACCAGAUCCAUACACAUUGGUGGAAGCCUCUUGGAAAGAUGAUGUAUCACUUUUGCCAGAUAUUCAGUGGGGAGAUAUAUACACAUAUAUCUCAUAAAUACUCCGAGCCAAUACACAAAUGAGAAUAUGAAGGCCUAUAAGUCUCUUGAAGCAUAUAAUUUUUUUGUUUGUGGGCAUGUUCAAGAUGUUUAUUGUAAUAUUGUUAAAGAAGAUGUUCAGUUUUGUUUUGUAAAAUCGAAGGUACUUCCGAGUCAAAGGCAGGGCCAAAAAACUAAACUUUAUGAUGUAUGGGUUGCCCUUAACAAAGUUGACGGAUGGAUACUUACUGGAAAUUGCACAUGCAUGGCAGGUCUUGGAUCUGUAUGCAGCCAUGUAGCAGCUCUUCUAUUUAAACUAGAAGCAUGUGUUAGAAUUCAGGCAAAUAAAGUUGCAGUUACUAGCAAACUUUGUGUGUGGAACAGAUCUAGAAAAAAAGCAGAACCAUCAAUGCUACAAAACAUUAAUUUUAAGCGACCAAUGAAAAAUCAACUACCUUUUUCAACACAAAAUAUCAAAAAUCCUAAAAGAAAUUACUCAUUUUCUGAAAAUGUUGUUAAGUUUAGCAAUAAUAGUUUACAUAAACUCAGGGCUAUUGCCCCAGAAGCAGCUUUUUUUACAAGUGUAGUUGGUCUAGCACCAACUACAAUAUUUGAUCAUAGUUUUAGUGACAAUACUGCAACUGCUGAUGAAAACGAUACAAAUUUUUUACCAGAGCCAAUUACUUCUUUGUUUGACAAUGAUGCAAACAAUCUUGACAAAUCUUUGCUUGAAGAAUUUUGCUUAUCCAAAUUUAAUGAAUACAAAAACAGUUAUUCUCAAUGCAACUUUAACUUAUUGGCAGAAGUGAGUAAAACUCAAAACCUGUCGAAUACAUGGAAAUUACAUCGAGCUGGUAGAAUUACAGCAUCCAAUUUCCAUGAAGUUAUAAAUAAAAAAUUACAAAAUUCAAAACCUUUGUUAUUCAAAAUAAUGAACUAUGUAAUUUCACCAAAUGUAGCAAGUGUUAUUUAUGGAAGAGAAAUGGAGGACAAAGCACGUUGUUUUUAUAUUAAAUUAUUAAAAAAAAAUCACAACAAUUUCAAAUUAGAAACAACUGGUAUUCAUAUCCAAGCUAGUUAUCCAUAUUUAGGAGCAUCGCCAGAUGGAAUUAUUCAAUGUACAUGCCACAAUAAAGGUUUAGUCGAAAUCAAGUGUCCCUACAAAUAUCGUGAAGGUUUAAAUGGUUGGAAAGAGGAUAAAGAUUUUCCUGUAUGUGAAAAUGGCGAUUUAAAAACAAGCCAUAAGUAUUAUACCCAAAUACAAGGACAAAUGAUGAUUUUAGAUGUAGAAGUUUGUGACUUUUUUAUUUGGACACCCUUAGAAAGUGAAGGAAAUUACCUACUAGUUAGAGUUUAUCGAGAUGAAAAAUUUAUUAAUGAGAUAAAGCAGGCAUUACACAAAUAUUAUUUUACAUACAUUUUACCAGAAACUGUAACAAGAGAAAAUGAUAUUUAUUAUAGCAACAAGCAGAAAAACUAUUGCAUUUGUAAACGCCCAUGCUUUAAACCAAUGAUUGCAUGUAAUAAACCUAGUUGUGAAAUUGAAUGGUUUCACUACUCAUGUGUUAAUGUAACUCGUGCUCCUAAAGGAAUUUGGAUUUGUCCAAAUUGUUUAAAAUAAUAUUUUGUACUAUUUAGUUUGAAAAUAAAAAUUUAUUAUUA